UGCGCUUUCCCAGACAGCUCUACCAAUGCCUGAAACACAACGAUUAACAGUGGUCAGACGCGAUCAAUAUCAUAAAAAGUUUCAUGAAAAGGAUUAUGCUGAUCAUCCGAUGAACGACUUGUAACUUAGUUGUAUUCUUCGCCGUCUCCCAUUAUUUAGUGAGAAUGCCGGAGUCUGUGCUGCUGAAUGUGGGUUUCUUGGGUAAAUCAUCCGUCGUGCUCGUGUGUCUCUGCGGGGUUCACAUCAUCGUUGCACUGUUUUUAUAUUUAACACAGUCACCUACGAAAUUUACGAAUUACCGGCAAAUGCCAUCAGACUCUACUUUAGUUAAUGUUACUUCACAAACUCACAGAAUUGUCAUCCGAUAUGACAAUGGAACAGUAGAAACAGACGUAAAUAAACUGAUCUAUACUAUAGCAAGUGUAAUUAAAGAUGACGUUGAAGAACCCACAAUACUAGAAUCGUGUCCUGAGACGUCACCACUUUUGGUGGGUCCAAUGCGAGUUGAAUUUUCGGAGAAAGUGGAUUUGGAUAUGGUACGUAAAGAAAAUCCACAGCUGGUGAUGGGCGGCAGGUAUAAACCCAGCGAUUGUGUGGCUCUGCAAAAAGUGGCAUUAAUCAUCCCAUUCAGAAACAGAGAUGAACACCUGAAGUACUGGCUCCACUACAUUCACCCCAUCCUACAGAGACAGCAGCUUGAUUAUGGGAUUUAUGUCAUACAACAGGAAGGACAGGACACAUUCAACAGGGCGAAACUGCUCAACGUGGGUUACGCAGAGGCCCUAAAGGAGUAUGAUUAUGACUGUUUCAUCUUCAGUGAUGUAGACAUCAUCCCUAUGGACGACCGCAACACCUACAAGUGCUCCAGCCAGCCGCGUCACCUCUCUGUGUCCAUGGACAAAUUUGGUUUUAGGUUGCCAUAUAAACAGUAUUUUGGGGGUGUAUCAGCAAUGAGUAAACAGCAGUUUCAAAAGAUUAAUGGCUUUCCUAAUAACUACUGGGGCUGGGGAGGAGAAGACGAUGACAUCUUUAACAGGUUGACGUUUCAAGGAAUGAAAAUAUCAAGACCGAGUGGAGACAUCGGAAAAUGCAGAAUGAUUCGUCACUCGAGAGACAAAAAAAAUGAGGAAAACCCACAGAGAUUUAAGAAAAUUGCUCACACAAAACAGACAAUGAACACGGAUGGCAUCAAAUCGCUCAAAUACAAAGUGAUAAAUAUAGAGAAAGACCAACUCUACACCAAAAUCUCUGUGGACAUCGGCAAACCAUGAAAACCCUAUAGAGCUCAGAAGAAACCUGUAUCUCGCUGCAACUCUUCAGGGAUCUUUAGACUGCACAGCUCUCUCCGAAUCGGUUCAAACCUAGUGA